UCUGAUUCCAGCCGAAGGUGGAAGCGCGAGCAGGACAAGAACCACGGCCAGACGUUCACGUUCGUGAACCCGGGGAUUUCUGGGCUGGCGGUGCUCGGGGCGAGACUCGGCAACCUGGGAGCGUUCGGUGGGGGCGGUGGGGGGUUCAAGAACGGGUCCCCGCAGGAUCCGUACACGAUGACCCUGCCGACCUGGGCCCAGGAGCCGCCCACGAGUCUUCCGAACUCCAAGAAGCUUUCACAGAAUCUCUAUGCCCCGGAACCGGCCGUGCCGAUGAGCCGGGCGCACACGCCGUCUGCGCUGUACGCGACGGCGACCCUGGUGCCCGAGCCCCCCGUGUACAUGGCACCCUUGCCCCGGGCAAGGGGGACCAAAAGCCUCGCCAGCGGCGGGACUAAGACCCCGGUCGCUUUCGGCGACAGCUCCGAAGACGACCUGGAUCACGGAGACUGCGACCUGAUGAUGUCGCGGCACCAGCUGCGACCCAAGUCUCGGGCGUCCUACGGAGCUGCGGCGGCCCUCGCAGCGGUCCAGUCAGGCGGGAUCUACUACGAGGCAGACUACGCCCAGAGCGACAUCUACGGCCGGAACCCGACGUCCCUUCUGCCCCAGCAGCCCCCCAUCCCUAUGGCGACUUACACGGUCUUGGACGCUGGGAAGAUGUCGACUCGCCCUCCUUGCUCAUGCACUCACACGCCCGCACACGCACGCACACGGGUUGAUCCUGAUUAUUUCCUUGACGACGACGAUUUCAAAUUUGGCUAA